CCGGAGAACUGGCGGUCACCCGGGCGGGCCAGGCUCAGGCAGGGGCUCGCGCAGCCCCUCAGGAGGGGCAGGGAGGCACGGAAACGGCUGCCGCUGGCUGGACUCCUUCCGGCACCCCGCGGCUACUCUGGGGCUCCCGGUCGCUGCGCCGCGCGUCCGGGCGGUGGACUCACAGGGGCUCCGCGUCGCUGCGGUUCUCUCCUCACGAGGAGUCGGCGGGCUCUGAGCCGGGCCCGCCACACCCUGUCCCGGGGGACGUCCGCGGGAGGCUUCUGGAUUUCCUCGCCUUGGGCUGCGAUUUCUGAGGCGCUGCUCUGCGUGUUCCGAGCUGGGCCACCCGGAGGCAGAGGGCUGGUCGCAAGCCCCGCGGGUGGGAGUGGGGCGGGGGUGACUGGAAGUAACUAGGGAACGCGAAGCCGGCGCUAGGCGGCCGGGGUGUUCAGAGAAGGCGUUGUUUGCCGGGGAAAGGAAUCCUGGCUGCUAUUGAGAGCCGUGGAUUGGGAUCUGAGCCGACCUGUUGGAGGAGGUGAAAGCUGAGCGGGGUCCUGACGGGUGGAGACUAAUCUCCUGGUAGCGGCGGGGAUUGCAGGGGGAGAGAAGGAGGGGACGCCCCCUGGGGAAGGGGACCAUGAGGAAAAACGAUUUGGGGACUGACUGGACCAUGUGCUGGGCUGUUUUGGGGAAAAAAGUUUGGAUAAUUAGGUUAGGGAGGGUUAGGAAAGAACUCUUGAGUGCCCAGCUGAGAGGCACUGUGUGUUGUGGUGAGCCAUUGAAACGUUGGCUAGAUUGGGGUAGGAGGAACGCUGAGGAAGUUGGUGUGACAUUCCGGCAAAGAGGUGAGGAGGAAGUUGGUGUGACAUUCCGGCAAAGAGGUGUACUUUACAGGUCCCCGAUGAACCCAGAGAACCCUCCACCAUAUCCGGGCCCUGGUCCAACGGCCCCAUACCCACCUUAUCCACCACAACCAAUGGGUCCAGGACCUAUGGGGGGACCCUACCCACCUCCUCAAGGGUACCCCUACCAAGGAUACCCACAGUACGGCUGGCAGGGCGGACCUCAGGAGCCUCCUAAAACCACAGAGAAGAAACUCUUUCCGGCCUUUGCAACUUGUGCUUGAUGUCCCCAAAGCUUGAUGAUGGCUUAAGGUGGCUUUUUACUCCUGAGAAGAGGCCCAAGUCAGCUCUGCCUACUACAUUCACACCUCUUGUCCCCUCUGGGGCUGAUAACCUGGCCAGUGUGUUUCCUGAGGGCCACCCUCUAGAGCACUGGGGAGUGGGGAGGGAAUUACCAGUUGGGUCUUUGCUCUGCAGCCAACUUUGUAUUUUAGGUUUAGUAAUUAACCUCUUGACUUUAUUUUAUCUGUCUGCUUGUUGACCCUCAAGUCAUCUUGUUGCCCCUGCUACUGGGUUUGGUUUUGUUUUUUUUUUUAACUAAAUGUUUUCAUAAUUCUAUUUAACCUGCCAGUUGAGUUUUCAGGAGGCUCUUGAGUCCUUCUUGGGUGCUGGAACAGUGCUACUCAAAGUUCAGUCUGCAGACAAAUGCCUGCCAAUGAACAGUGAACAGUUAUGGAUUAUAUAAUAAGUGCAGAAAGUGAGAGUAAACAUUUAGAAACUUUUAGAACAAUUUGUUAUUGCUGUGACAUCCAAGCAUGUAAUCUUGCAUUUUAUAGAAAGUAUCAGUCUGUGAAGGAUUAAAAAUAAAAUAUCUUGAGAAGCACUCUGCCAGAUGUCUUGGUCACUAUUUUAUAGCCCUUUGGUUGGCAGAAUAGCUGCUUUCUUAAUAGCUCUUUCAGCUUUU